AUGAGUCAAGAGCGUAGAUCUGCCAUGUUGGCAUCUGAGCAGACAACAGGUGCUCCUGAGCUUCACCAAAAUGGCACAGACGUGCCAACCAAGCAUAAUGUCUUCACAGACAUGAAGAAUAAAUUUAUGAAUGAACUCAGCAAACUGCCGAUUCCACCUUGGGCUUUGGCUACUAUAGUCAUAGUAGCUGGUCUGCUCUUGUUAUGUUGUUGUUUCUGUAUCUGCAAGAAAUGUUGCGGGAAAAAGAAGAAGGGCAAGAAAGGCAAAGAUAAAGUCAAAGCCCAAAUUAACAUGAAGGAAGUAAAGGAUCUUGGGAAAAGUUACAUCGAUAAGGUGCAACCAGAUGUAGAAGACCUUGACCCUUCGUUACUUGAUGAAGGUAAAGAAGACAAACCUCAAGAGAAGCUGGGAAAGCUACAAUACUCUCUGGAUUAUGAUUUCCAAACUGGACAGUUAGUAGUGGGAAUCAUUCAGGCAGCUGAUUUACCAGCACUGGACAUUGGUGGCACCUCUGACCCAUAUGUCAAAGUAUUCCUUCUGCCAGAUAAAAAGAAGAAAUAUGAAACCAAAGUGCAUCGUAAGACUCUAAACCCAACAUUUAAUGAAUCAUUUACAUUUAAGAUACCUUAUGCAGAGCUCGGAGGGAAGACACUGGUAAUGUCAGUGUAUGACUUUGAUCGCUUUUCUAAGCAUGAUGCUAUUGGGGAGGCCCGUGUGCACAUGCAUAGUGUGGAUUUGGCGCAUGUCAUUGAGGAGUGGCAAGAUCUUCAGUCAGCUGAAAAAGAGGAGCAAGAGAAGCUGGGAGACAUCUGUUUCUCUCUUCGAUAUGUGCCCACUGCAGGAAAGCUCACUGUAAUUGUGCUGGAGGCCAAAAAUCUGAAAAAGAUGGAUGUAGGAGGACUUUCUGACCCGUAUGUAAAGAUUCAUCUCAUGCAGAAUGGCAAACGACUGAAAAAGAAGAAGACAACCAUCAAGAAAAAUACCCUGAAUCCCUAUUACAAUGAGUCGUUCAGCUUUGAAGUUCCUUUUGAACAAAUCCAGAAAGUGCAAGUAGUUCUUACAGUACUCGAUUAUGACAAACUAGGCAAGAAUGAAGCUAUUGGCAAGAUUUUUGUGGGCUGCAAUUCUACAGGGACUGAGCUGCGUCACUGGUCUGAUAUGCUGGCUAACCCCAGGAGGCCUAUUGCCCAAUGGCACACUUUACAGCCAGAAGAGGAAGUGGAUUCUACUCUUGGAAUGAAGACCUCAUGA